AUGGGUUCGCUGUUCACGGUUAUCCCCCACGUUGAUGGCGGAGAAGGAGUGCCAAUCACAGUGGAAGAUUUCGCAGAACGUUCCGCUGCACGCUUUGGAGGAACGAGUUGCCAUCCUUCAGAAUUUGUCUCCGCGAGAUACCGUGCUCGUCGUGCUCACCGGGUGCUUCUUCAUUUCCGAGAAUGCGGAGACCGAUACCAUCUGUUGGAUACAGUUGAGGAUGGCUGGUACAGACUUCGAGCACUUGCUCAGUUGAUGCCCCCAGAUGAGGAAGUCAGCGAAUGGCCCCAGAAGUCUUACAGGUCUAGACGGUUCAGGUCUUGGUUCAAGAACGAGCUUCGCCAUUGGCUCCAAGCCCUGCCUCCAUUCCUCGUCCAGGAAGCAGGCGCCCUCCGGGUGAUUGAUAAUCGGGAGGACCUGUUUCUUUAUCGCCUUGGCUUCUUGAGUCGUGAGAAUAGCAUGGCGACUACCGAAGACGACGACGCAUCGUCUGUGUUUUCCUGUUCGUCCGUCGUCGGCGAGCUGAGGUUGCUCCAAAGAUGA